AUGAAAACACCGGCUUAUUUCUGUCUGCUUGUUCAAAUAGGAAAAAUUGUUGGCCAAGUCUUAGAGUUGGAUGAAAGGAUACUAGAUCACAGAAAAAAUGGAAAAUGGUUAUUAGAAUUCUAUGCACCUUGGUGUGGACACUGUAAAAAGUUAGAACCAAUCUAUCAUCAAGUAGGAGCAGCACUCAGGUCAAGUGAUGUUAAAGUUGGUAAAAUUGAUGCUACAAGAUAUACACAUGUGGCAUCAGAGUUUGAUGUCAGAGGAUAUCCAACUAUCAAAUAUGCUGAAGGGGAGAAAAUGUACACAUUCCGAGGUGAAAGAUCCAAAGAGGAUAUCUUAGAAUUUGUAAAUAAAGCUCAGGGACCAGCAGUUAGAAAGAUCGCCAGUAUAGGAAAAUAUUAUAAUGUAAAAAGUGAUCACAGUGACCAAGUAUUUUUCCUGUAUAUUGGAGAUGAAGAUCCUCAUGAUGACUUGCUUGUAAGAUCUGGAAAGUAUAGUGAAGUAGCAGAUAAAUUUAUUGUACAGAUGUAUUUUUACUCAGGGAAGAAAAAUAUUUUACCGAAGGAUAUUAAGCUUAAAAGCUUUCCAACAGUGCUAGUUUUCAAAGAUUCUGAAUAUUUUGAAUAUGAAGCUCCAGAUGGUAUACCAACUAAGUCCUCAUUAGAAUUCUGGGUAAAUAGUGAACGAUAUCAGGCCUUCCCCAAGGUGGCAGGAGGAAACAUCAACGAUGUGGCAGAAAUGGGCAAGAUACUGGUAAUGGUGGCUAUUGAUGAAAAUGAUAAAGACAAUGAGAAAGUUAAUUCUAGGAUCAAAGAUGUCAUAACAGUAUUGGCGAAACAUCAGAAAGACAAGUUCCACAGCAGGUUCCAGUUUCUAUGGAUGCCUGAUGCUGAGACUGUUAAUAGUAUCAUGUUGUCUUUCGCCACCGCUCCAGUUAUGCUUAUUCUUGACCCUGAAACACAUUAUUUUUACAUGCCACCAUUUAAAUUGGAGGACAUCACAACAGAAAAUCUAGCUGCUUACUUGGAAAGUAUCAAACACGGAAAAGAAGAUGCCUAUGGUGGAACUGGUUUCUUUAUGAGAGUUAAGAGAUUGUUUUAUGAUUUACUUGUCAUGGUAGUGAGUGUUUGGCAGUCAUCCAGAUGGCUGUUCCUGUUAAUGUUCUGCCUCCCUACAGUAGUCAUAAGCAUCGUCUGCUACAGUUUGUGCUGUAUGGAACCCAUUGAUGAUGAAAAUGCAGAUGAGUUUGAUGAAGAUGAGGAUGAAGAUGGAUACCUUUUAGAGAAUAGAGAUGACCUUCCACCUGCUUAUGAUGAACAAGCUUCGAUAGAAACUCCUCAAGCAGUGACUGGUCAUGAAAAAGCAGAAUGAACUUUGAACCAUACCUUAUAUGGAUUCCGUCUAUGAAUGACCAAGUCAAGAUAUAUUUCUCUAUGUACUGUUCAAACAGAAGGAAGGACAUGUCUUGAAUUUUCUUUAAAAGUUAUUCAAGUUAUCGGUGAAAGAAAGAAAAUUCUCAUGUCAAAUAUUUUUUUCAGGACUGAUCUGUCUAAAACAAGUGCAAUAUUCAAUUCUGCUUGUCUUGUGCCUUUAUGAAUAUGUAUAUCUUGGUGAAUUUGUGAUAAAUACUAUUGUCUUCAUUUUAUUAUUUUUUAAGAUAAGAAUGAACAGGAAAGGAAAAUAUCCAAAGAGUUUGAAUAGGUUAAUAAGUUAAAUAAAUCACCAUUUUGUUGGAGAAAAAGAAAUAAUUUCACAGUUAAACCAAUUUUAAUUGAACCUAUAGAAAGUUUAUCCUUCAUUGAAUAUUUAAAUUCGUGGUUCAGCUUUACCCACAAAAUCCACAAAAAUUGGUAUCUCUCGAAUAAUGAUGAUUUCGCAGUAUCUGUAUUGUUUUGGUGUCUUGAAUGUGGUUUAUUUUUUUAAGUGGUUUAAUUUUGCUAAUUUUACAAUUAAAAUGAAAUCCCCAAAUAUCUUCUUGCCUUAAUUUCAGAAUAAGUGGCAAGAACAAGAUAAAAAAGACCUUGCAAAAAAGUUUUGCCAUAUGAUUUGCCAAAAUUAGAAUCUGUAGAUUUAUUGUUUUUCAUGGGAUACCAAUUUUUGUGGAUUUCUUUUGUACAGAUGAGCCAAUUUUAAUGUUCGAUGAAGUACAAAUCUUCUAUCGGAUUGUAUGCACUUUUAAAAAAACUCACGAAACCACAUUUCCAUGAAAAUACAAUUUUUUCCUUAAUCCGCGAAAAAUUUGUACCCACGAAAAUAAAUGAAUCCACAGUAUUAGAAAAUAAACCUCUUUACAGUAGUCUUCAUAUUAAUCAUCUUAGAACAAAAAACUACCAUAAAUACAUAAAUUAUUAGUAAUGUGUUUAUAUGGAAAUGUUACAUGUAUAUUGUUAUAUAUUAUAUUGUCUUUUUAUUAAUCACUUAACAAAGAUGGCAUAAUCUUUAAAAAUCAAUCACAUCUCGAAAUGUAGAAGAAAAAAUUCACGAAAUAAUAAACUUGAUGUUCAUUUGACAAUUUUUUCAAAAAUUAAUUAAUUUUCGUCUUUUGUAAAAGUUGAAUAGUUUAAUACUAUAGAAGGAAUAUUAUUGUGAAAUAUUUACCAAUUUAUUUGGGGCUUUAGAAAUUCCAGUUAAAGUUUGUGUCAGGAGGAAAAAAUGUAUAUAAUUUGCUCUAAAAGUAAAAAGUCGUAAUAGAGCUCACUUCUUAUUGAUUCUGACUAACUUGCAGUUUAUAUAUAGAAUACCACAUAAAAUAAAAGUAUUAUUUAAAUGUCACCAGCCACAACAUUCUCAGUUUUAAAGAGGUAUCUAGGCAAAUAUAGGUUUAUUGUAUAUUUAUUAAGAAUUAACUGAUGGAAAACAUCAUGCCAAUUUGUUCUCUAGUGUCACGUUAUAUUGCCAGAUUUGUUGAAAUACAAAAAAGUGCACUUUUGUAAUUUAUCAAUGGGCUUUAGAUGUCAACUUCAUGAUUUGCUAAAGCAUUUAUUGAUAAAAUAAGUGCACUUUUGUAAUUUAUCAAUGGACUUUAAAUGUCAACUUCAUGAUUUGCUAAAGCAUUUAUUGAUCAAAUAUUUCAUUGACUGAUAUGUAAACUAUGUUUUAAAUGAGAGUAUAAACAGUCAGGAUUCUACUUCGUCAAAAUCAUCUCCCCAUUACGCCACCUUAUUUUUAUAAUCGUAAAAAUGGAAGCCAUUGUAGUGAUUACACGCUGUCAAUUUAGCUCUUGAAAACCGAUCAAUUUAUCCACAUAGUAUCAUUACGAUCCUUAUAUGCCAGUUGUAUUUUAAAAGACAAAUGUAUCUAGAUAUUGAGCAUCAUUUCAUGAAAUUUUUGUGCUUUGGUCAACUUAAAACGUCUGAUUGGUUGUCAGGGGGAAUUUUCAAAAGUUCAAAAAUAUUUAAAAAAAUUCUAAUUAGAUAUUUCGUGGAAGGGCAGACUAAAAAUUUUCAGAGGUUGAAGACUAAUUACCCUCGAUAACACACACAAAAAAUGAAGCUUUUAUGAAGUUAUGCAUUUUUGAGAUCCACUUGUAAAGUCUGUCGAAUUUUUGUGGCGGAAUUUAUGCUUAUGCACAAAAAAGAUCCACAUGUAUUUGCAACUACCACAAUCAACUGUUUUGUGAAAAUUUGUCUAUAAUGUAAAAGUUUACAAAUAUCUCAAAGCUCAUUACCAUAAUUUAAGUAAAAACACAUAUAUAAGUUGCAUAAUACUUCGCAAUACUUCACUUCAUAUUGAGUGUAGUGUUACAUAACGGAAUGAAUAUGAUCUCUGCGCCAUGCGAUUGCCAAGCCAUGUGAAUCCAAUUUGUCCUCUAGUGUCUACUGUAAGAUUUGUUCCUGGUGUUCAUGCCAAUCAAACAACAUGUCACCAUUGCUAAAUAUAGAACAUAUAGUUAAAGUGCAAGUGACUGUUCAAUAUUUAGAAAACUAUAAUAGAUCCAUAAAAUUUGACAGGGUAAAAUGCUCAGAAAUUGGAUUUAGCUACUUCCCUUAAACACAAAAAUGUUCAAGAGUCCUCGAAUAGUGAUUUUAUACCAGUUUUCACCAUUUGCACCAAGAUGCAGAGAAUUUUUUUUACAGCAACAAUCUGCAAUACAAAAUCUACAAAAAAUGGAGAAAAGACAAAAACCAUGUACAAGAAAAUCAGAACACUGGUCAAAAGAAUUAAUGAUGAAAAGACAAACAAUUCUUAACAAAACACUACUCAGAAAACUAAAGAUUGUGGAUAUGCUUGAAACCAUCAAUUGACUGCUAAAAGGAGUUAUUGCCCUUAAAAGACUAUUUCUUACAUAGGAUCCUCUCAAAAUUAUAAAUUACUUAAUUUUACAACUUAAUGUCUCCAUGAUAAGAACAUAAGAUCUCAAAUUCUGUUUUGAUUAAUGUUUCAGGAAACACUAAGAAUGUAAAUUCAUGAAAAAAGAAAUAUAUAAACAUGUUCCAGUUCAGGAGGUGAAGUCACAUGCACUUGUUUCUGAAAAAAAAAUCAUUAACCUUAAUAUAACACUACAUAUAAAUUCAAUCACAUCUUUAGUCUAACCAUAAUCAUGUUUUUUUUUUAACAGUUUUAAAUUUAUCUAAUUUAAGAACAUAUAAAACAGGAAAAAUCCCAAUCUUCUACAUAUUUUCUUGCAAUUGGUAAAGAGUGUUGUUUUCAAUGAGAGUUAUUUCUAUUUCCCUAUACUAUAUAAUGAUUGAGUCUUAAGUAUGUGUCUAGGGUAAAUUGUUACUUGUUGUCAUAGUGUAUAAAGUUAAAUUAUUUUUUUAUAGUGAUUUGUUAAGCCUUUGAAAAAUAUGAUGUAUAAUCAUUAAUGGUUUGCUUGUAAGUGAAACUAUUAGCUAAAAAUCUAAGAAUAGACCUAAAGUGGAACAAUACCUCAUGACACACAAGAGAUUGUAUAUGUAUUUUAUUUAAUAAUACUGAUUUGGGACCAAUUAUCAACAGUAAUUAAAGAUAUAAUUAGGAAGGAACCAUAUGUCCAUAAUUUUAUUAUUAACUUAAUGUUUGUUAAUUGACUGUAAAUUUGUCCAGAAAAAUAGUUACAAAGUGCUUUGAUUAAAUGAAUUUCCUAAAAUGAUUGUUCAAAUGGUUAUGUCUUUAUGUCAAACAGGGAUAUUUAUUGUACCUUUGUAAGCAUUCAGCUUUCUUGUAAGUAGUACCCAAUGCAAUCCUUGAUUCAGGUAAAUCAAGAAAAACAUUUUGAACAGACUAGAUUUAUAAAAGUGUUAUUUUCAUCAACUUUCUUUUUACUAAAAUGUAUUGUUUCUUUAACAUUCAUUUCUUUUUGAGACACAAAUUUUAGUGGAUAUGACUUAUCAUUAUUAUGCAAACACAUACUCUCACUGUUUAAUGAUAUCAGAUAAAUUAUAAAAAGGGAUUCUGUUUCAAUGCAGUAUAAGUAUAGAAAUACCGGGUGUCCAUCCGAUAUAUCAUAUAUUUAUAUUAGCAAUGUCUCCAACGAGUUGGAAAAUCAGUGCCUAUAAUUUAUUUUUAAAAGAGUUGUGCCCCUUGGAAACAUUAUUUAUAUGGAAAAUUACAUAGUUAGUGCUCUCAUUUGUAUGAUUUUUGCCAGAUUUUUAUGAAACUUAUAUUGCAGGUUUAUAUCAGCAAUAUCUUGGACGAGUUCGAAAAAACAGUGCUGAUCAAUUAUUUUUAAAAAGAGUUAUGCCCCUUGGAAAUAUUAAUAUUAUGGAAAUUUGCAUCGUUAGCACUCUCAUGUGUACAAUUCUUGCCAGAUUUUUAUGAAACUAAUAUCAUAUGUUUAUAUCAACAAUGUCUCAAACGAGUUCGAAAAUCAGUGCCAGUCAAUUAUUUAAAAAGAGUUAUGCCCCUUGGAACUAUUAAUUAUAUGGAAAAUUACAUUGUGAGCGCUCUCAUAGGUACAAUUCUUGCCAGAUUUUUAUGAAACUUAUAUCAUAGAUUUUUAUCAGCAAUGUCUUGGACAAUUUCAGAAAUAAGUUCUGAUCAAAUAUUUUUAAAUAGUUAUGCCCUUGGAAAUAUUAUAUCAGGAAUUGCAUUGCAUUUGUUCUCAAGCCUUCAUUUCUCUCAGAUAUUUAUAAAAAGUGUUAAAGAACAAACAUGUAGUGUUCUCUUUUCAGUUUAAUAUUCCCCUUGGACCUUGGACAUAUAAAAUAUGUGAAUGCGAGGGACAUUAGAACUCUGUUCUAUGAUUAACUUUAAAUUGUUACUGAGUAAAUUAUGUGUAAUUGUUAAAAAGAGGCAGGUGCUAUUAAUAAUUCACUGCAAAGUACAGAUUCCUGACUAGUACAAUAGUGUGUUAUUUUAAGCUGGUUCAUAAAUGUUUUUUGUUUGUAAAUUUGUUUUGAAGUGCUGAGCAUAAGAUUUUUUAUAUUGUGAGUAUUGUGUAUUUUGAUGUGAACUGCUCAUUGUGUACAAGCUGUUGUUUGAAUAAGAUGAAUGUAUUUCAUGACAAUUCUUAAUAAAUUGAAAUCCAUUUAA